AUUAUUAUUGACAACUUGACACCAUGCCUCAGACGGUUGCCGCUUACGCUGCCUACGGCCAGGCCGAGGCACUGAAGCCCUUUGAUGUGGAGCGCCGCGAUCUGCGCGAGGAGGACGUGGAGAUUGAUAUCCUCUACUGCGGUGUCUGCCACUCGGACAUUCACACCGUCAACAACGACUGGGGAGGUUCCAGCUACCCCGUGGUGCCCGGUCACGAGAUUGUUGGCAAGGUUGCGCGCGUCGGUUCUGCCGUCACCCGCUUCCAAGUCGGCCAGCACGUGGCCGUGGGUUGCAUGGUGGACUCGUGCCGCAAGUGCAACUUCUGUGAACGUGACCUUGAGCAGCACUGCACCUCUGGUUUCACCGGCACUUACGGUGGCAAGGACCGCGUGGAUGGCACCACCACCUAUGGCGGUUACUCGCAAAAGGUGGUUGUAGCUGACAAAUUUGUCCUCUCGAUGCCCGAGGGCCUGGACCUGGCCGCGGCUACCCCCCUUCUUUGCGCCGGUAUCACCACCUACUCCCCGCUCCGUCGCUUCAAGUGCGGUCCCGGCAAGAAGGUCGCCGUCGUUGGCCUUGGUGGCCUCGGCCACAUGGCUCUCAAGCUCGCCCAUGCCAUGGGCGCUGAGGUCACCCUGUUUACCCGCUCCCCCGGCAAGGAGGCCGAUGCUCGCCGCCUUGGUGCCUCCAACGUCAUCAUCUCCAGUGACCCCGAGGCCAUGAAGGCCGCUGCCAACACUUUCGACCUGAUUGUUGAUACCGUUCCCUACGACCACGACCUCAAUCCCUACAUCGCCACCCUCAACUGCGUCGGCACCAUUUCCGUUGUUGGCUACCUGGGUCCUCUCGGUACCACCCUCAACACUGCCCCCCUGGUCUUCCAAUCCAAGGGCGUGGUCGGCUCCCUCAUUGGCGGCAUUGCCGAGACCCAAGAGAUGCUCGACUUUUGCGGUGAGAAGAAGGUCGUCUCUGAUAUCGAGAUGAUCAAGAUGGAGGAGAUUAACGUGGCUUACGAGCGCAUGAUGAAGAGCGACGUCAAGUACCGCUUUGUCAUUGACAUCUCCUCCCUGAACAAGAACUAGACGCGAUGCUUCUUCCAUCGGGACGUCAUGGGGACAGUGUGGAGAAGGGCGCGGCGGCUGGGACUUCCGGGAUCUUUUUCGUCAUAAAACUUUUUCUCCGUGCCGAAGCACUGCCGCUGGGAUGGCGAGUGUUUGUGCGCGCUGCCGCUGGGAUGGCAGCGUGCAACCUUCAUCUUCCACUGAACCUGCUUGCUCUGUGAGUCAACCAUUGUAUGCGCAAACCGUCGUGUGAAUCGAUCUGAUUGCC